AUGGUCAUCGAUUUGACAGGAGAUUCUGACUCUGAGGACCAGAUCCGCUCGCAGCUACACUCAAAUAUUCAGUCGGCCUCACCAAAUUUUUUCACCCACCUAGCACAUCGGACACCGUUAUCGUCAGUGCCUCUGAAGAGAAAGUCGGAGAAGAGUGCCGAAGCUGAGCUAUACGAGGCCUUUUUCAAUUUCAAAAAAAAGCCUUCAGCACCCUCAGUAGGAUCCUCUGCAGCUUCAAGUUCUGUCCCCCAUCAGAACAAUACGCCGAAUGGCUGUUCCAUAGCUACAAAGCUUCAACCUAGCACCCCGAGCCCAAGUCCAGUCAUCAGGGAGCAGAGUCUGCCGGCACGGGCCAUCAGUGUUGUAGUUCCUUCUCCAUCCGGACAGCUGAAGAAGGAAAUUAAGUCUGCUAAGUGGGCGUCAAGCUCUCGAAGUCGUACCCCUGAGCUGAAGGGAGUCUUGGAGAAAUUCUACCCAACUAACGCACAUGUAGAGCGCGGCCUUAAGGGUGCUUAUCCAGCGGCGAGGAAAGUCAACCGUGCUGCGAUCCCUCUGCCUAUCGGCACACCCGGGCCCAUCUUAAAGAAGAGACCAGACGCCCUUGAUCAGCAAUACCGCACUCUACAGCGCAAGCUUUCUAUGAUCAAGGGGCCUAAAGUCACAUUUGCACCAGAUGAUGGACUAAAACUCGCAAAGGUUACCGCCAAUUUUGAGUUCAUUAAUAGCUAUAAACUUCACAAAGGGGUUUCUCCUGCUCCAGCUGAGUUCAUUGGUGGCUGUAGCUGUGGUAAAUACUGUGAUCCUGAGAGGUGCCCAUGCUCUGAAAAGGAGGAUGAUUCAACUGACAAUAUCAUUCCGUACCAAAGAGCUAGGGACCGCCCAGACCUUCUAGUCCUGACUCCAGAAUUUCUAAAGCGCUCGACAAUGAUCUUCGAAUGCGGCACGAAAUGUGCCUGCGAUAAGGGCUGCUGGAAUAGGGUCGUGCAGCGUGGCAGGACUGUGGAACUAGAAAUUUUCCACACUGGCAAUCGUGGCUUUGGCCUCCGGUCUCCCAGUUAUAUCAGAGCGGGCCAGUUUAUCGACUGCUAUUUAGGAGAGGUUAUUACCAAACAACACGCAGAUAUUCGCGAAGAGAUCGCCGUGAAAAAUGGCCAUUCCUAUCUCUUUGGACUCGACUUCUCUCCCGAAGUUGAUGAAGAAGACAUCUAUGUCGUGGAUGGACAGAGGUUCGGCUGUGCAACUCGUUUCAUGAACCACUCCUGCCGACCGAAUUGCCGGAUGUUCACCAUCACUAACACAAUCGGAGACGAGCGGCUCUACAAUUUGGCUUUCUUCGCCUUGAAUGACAUACCACCGAUGACCGAAUUGACCUUUGAUUACAACCCCGGCACAGAGAGAAGCAAACAGGUUGACUCUAGUGUCGUCGCUUGCCUUUGUGGAGAGGAUAACUGCCGAGGUCAACUCUGGCCGAGUAAACGCAAGGGCACCAAAUAA